GUACCAAUAUGGCAACAGUAAUUUUCAACCAUGAUGGUUAUAGACGCCACCACAGUUUUAUUUAAAUAUAAAAGCGAUUGUACUUAAUUGAUUUACUUAAAAAAAUGAUUUUAUUGUGUAAUAAACCGUGUGUCGUUAGAAUUUAUUAAAAUUGACUGUGUAAAUUAUGCAAUAUGUAAAUAAAUGAACGAUUUUUGCAUGCAUUUUGUCAUUGUUCCCCAAAUAAACAUUAACAGGUGUGCCAAAUCAGAGAAAUAAAAUUUGUAUUGUUGCAAAACGCAAAAAUAAAUAUAUAAAAUUUCAAUGUGACAGAUUUUAAGGUUUAAAAGUCUGCCACAACAUCACGAGUGAAAAUAAAUAAAUAAAUACGGGAGAAAAGUAAAUAAAUAAAAAAAUUCUUUAAAUGAAUCGUUUCACAUAUAAAGGGAAAAAAUGCAGAAAUUGAAUAACACUCAAAAUGUGGAAUAUUAAUACGUUUAAUGGAACUCGCUAUGAAUGCGGGUCGUACAUUCAAAGAAGGUGAAUCGGUUCGUCCUGAAAUACUGGGCGCCGAAAAUAAUUCUAGUUCACUAAUGCGAAGACAGUCAUUGGAAAAGCCACCAGGAAUACUUUCACCUCCAGGAUCAUUUCUUACGCCAAGCCCAUCACCGUCAAUACCUGCUAGCCCAAGACUUCAACCAUCGCCUUCAUUGUCACCUUUUCCGCAGGAUGUAAUAUUAGUAACAAACAAUACCAUUACUAAUACAACUCAAGAGCAGGAUCGCAAGGCGGCGACGCCUGGCAGACGAACAUCAAUACAUCAGCUAAGUAAUAGUCCAAAUGCUGGCACAGUGGUAUUUCGACCAAGUCCAACACAAUCACCUGCUGCAGCAGCAACUGUCGGAGCAACUGGUAAUGAAUUCAAUACGACGUUAGUCGGCUCGAACAACAUCUCGUUGCACAAGAAGGCUGGUAAACGUGUUAUUCAGACUCAUGCUGGUCAUGGACAUGGACCAACAACGACGGCUUGCAGCCCAAAAACGGCGUCGAAAAAGAUUUUAUCAUCAAUGGGUGGCAGUCCGAUAGCAAGCCCCAGUCCCAUUGCUAGUCCGAAUAGCACAACGACGUUACGACCACCGACUCCACAGCCAGUUUUACAACAAUAUCCGAUGAUGAGCACGAACAAUCAACUACUGCAAUUCAUUCAAGGACAGCAAAUAUUGAGUCAACAGCGACCGCACAUAAUUAGCACAACACAAACGGUGCAACAAUCGAUAAAUCAAUACGUGCCAACAUCGACAACAACCAAGCACAAUAAAUUACCACAACAAAUUUUGCCAAAACCUGCGUCGAAUACAAUUGCCGGCGGUUCACUGCAAUCGUCGGCUGGAAAAACUGUGAUUACGCAAACGAAAUCAGCUGCAAUAUCAAUGCAAAGUCAACAACAACAUCAACAAAUACAGCAAGUUCAAUCACAGCAUCAACAAUCCAUAAUGACAGCGACACCGCAACAGACGCAGGGGACACCUAUAAUCUUGCCAACGAAUAAUAUGAAUCAGCCUCUGUUGCUAAAUCAAAUGCCUAUGAUUGUUCAGCAGAAUACGCCGCAAGGAGUCCAGUUGAUACUACGACCAUCUGCACCACAAUUAACACCACAAGGAUUGGUCAUCCACAAUCGACCGCAGCUUCAACAACAGCAACCGCAGCAACUUUUACGAAUUCUCAACACUAACGGUCCUAUGCAAUUAGCAGCAACUACGCCAACGUUUAUUGUAUCUUCGCAAGCGAAUUUAAUUCAACAGAAUCUGCAACAAAGCAUCAAAACACAUACGGCCAAUCCAUUACAACAAAUACAAAAUUUGUCGGCUCAACAGCCGCACUUGGCUGCAGCAAUAAACAGCCAAUUGCUUGGUAGAAGCAUGGCGCAAAUUCAAAAUUUACAACUGAACGGAAAUUUAACACACAUUCAAAUGCCGAAUGGACUGAACGGUCAAUUUAUAUCACAAUUACCAACGCAGUUCCAACAGAGUUUGGCCAACUUCAAUCCGAACAUAAACUUCAAUCAAUUGAGUAGUGCGAAUUUUCAGCAAUUAGCUGCUGCAGCAGCAAAUGCCACACAAACGUUUCAGUCUCCACCGCCAACGCAAACAGGUGACGUUGUAGUUACCGGUCAAAAUAUUCAAUUCACAACGCAACAACAACCACAAACCAAUUCAAUGAGUGUAUCGUUAGCGCAAGCAAUACCAUCGUCGCCGAUAAUGACACAGCAGCCACAGCUAUUACCAUCCGUCACGCCAGAGCCGAUACGGAAUCCAACACCAAUAUCUCUGCCACCAAAUACCGUUGUAAUCCAAGACCAAAAACCCAUUCAGCACAUCGAACCGGAAAUAAUUCAGAAACCACCGAAAAAACCUAAAAAACCGAAAACUAAGAAGAUCGUUUCACCGCCAGCUAUUCAACAUUCCUCGUCAGCGUACAGCACCAAUUCCAGUACCAGCACAACAACGACAACAACAACUAACGCAACCACAAGCACGGGUAAACUGGAUUUGGCUAAUGUCAUGAAAUUAUGCGGAAUUAUGGAAGAUGAUGAUUUCAUGGACACCGAAGAACCGCUGCCUCAGCCAUCACAGCAAGCGCCGGUGGUCGAUCUACCGGUUGAAACUUCAUCAAAUUCCAUAGCUCCAACAAUGUCUAGUGGUGAUAUUAUGGUGACCAUUCCUUAUUCUCAAAAUUCCGAUGUUCCUUUUACGUUUACUAUACCGACGAGUGUGUGCAGUUCGGGUGAUUCGAACACUAAGACUACGGCAAGUAAAUCGGCUACCAUAAUGUGUGUACCAACAUCUAACUCUAACGACACCAACAAGACUGCCAACGACCAACAGUUCAUGAUUAAAAUUGAUAAUGUGGAUGUCACGUCUGGCUAUCCGCUUACAAUAUCUAUUCCUCGCAGCAUUAGCGACAGCAGUGGUGACACAAAAGUGAGCACUUCCAGCAAUAUCGUUGCAACAAAUGCAUCGAAUAUGGUUAACAUGUGCGUGCCAACAUUCGUCAAUAAUGCUCUGAAUAGUGCGGUGACCCCGACGUUACAGAGUCAAAUCAAUGAAAUUCAAAAUCAAUUGAUGGGUGUUGUCAAUCAAGCUGGAACAAUUAUAACGGCAUGUACGAGUACCGGAUCUGGUGUAUCAAUGCCGAUUUCAACUCCAACGAUAACAACAACACUACCGCAGACCGUGUCCCAGCAAACACCUAUUGUAGCAACGGUAACAACGACGAAAGCCAAAAAGAAGCAAGUGAAAAAGAAUGGAAAACGGAUCGACACAAUUCCUACCGCAUCGGGAAACGUUCCCAGCCAGAUUGGUAACAUUCAAAUAUCCCAGAUCGAUGCCAGCAAAUCGUCCAUAACGACCAACAAAACAACGAUUGAGAAUCAAAUUCAAAUCACGCCAAUCAUUGACACAAAGCCCAUCAUCAGUCAUCCCCUACCUUCGAAUGCCAUUGUUAAUACAACUAUUCAGCAAGCACCGACACAACAGCAACAACAAACCAUUCAGCCGAAUCCGUUAGCCAUAAACUUGCAGCAAAAUGUUCAGAUUGUGACUGCAGCCUCAUCCCAACAAACAAUUUUACAAAAUCCUGGCCAACAGCAAUCGGACAUGAUUAACACACAGCAACUUCAGCAACCGUCAAUUCAAACUGCCAACACGGUGCAAAAUCUACAGCAAGGAACUAUUGUCAAUACAAACGCACAACAACAACAACAACAACAACAGCAGCAGCAACAACAACAGCAGCAACAGCAGCAGCAGCAACAACAACAACAACAGCAACAGCAGCAGCAGCAACAGCAGCAGCAGCAGCAACAACAUCACAUUCAAGUAUCUCAGCAGAAUUUACAAAUGCAAAUGUUACAGCAACCACAGCCACAACCAACCAUUCCUCAACUAACCGGUAGCUUAAGUUUAUCACUGGUCGAAGAUGGGCGGUUAAUCUUAAGACAUAAUCCAAAUCUGCAACAAGACACACAAUCUCAAGUAAUUUUGCAAGCAAUACUGAGCGGAGCUUUGUGCAAUGUAACUUUGAUCAACGAACCACUAAUUGAAAAGGCACCAAAAUUGAAUAAUACAACCAGUACGAGUUCAGUGUCCAGAGCUAUAGCGUCAACAGUCACCACAACGACGAACAAAAAUGUUGUGGUCACCGGACAGCCGCAAUUCGUACAGCACAACAUAUUCACAAACGCGGUCCAAACUCAAUCGGAAAGCCAAGUAUUCUCACCUCCGCCACCGCAGCAACAAAUUGCAUUUCAACAUCACCAAUUGCAACAGAUGACAACCAUGGUUCAACAGAAUCAGAUGUCGCAACAACCCCAACAAUUGAUUCAGCUACCACAGCCACAGCACCAUACGCAGCAGCAAGCCCAACAACAUCAAUUGACACAAAUCAAAAAGGAACCAGCUCCAACAGUGGUUGUGAAUCCAAAUGCAGCUAAACUCAUCGAACUGCCGAAAAUCGAUGCGAAUCAGCAGCUUUUUUCGCUGAACACAUUAACUAAUCAAAUAACGCAAUUGAAUCCCAGUUUAACGACGGCUAAUCUCGGACCAAUGGAACGUUUACUGAUUGUACCGGCCGGUAUUAACACUCAACAGUUAGCGCAAUGUUUGAUACAAGGCCAAAUUCAUUUCAACAAUAUUGGGCAAGCAACUGAAUCAUUGAGGCCGCAACAACAAGUCAAACCUCAGCCAAAUGUCCAGCAAACUGUAUGUGAUAAAAAUAAAACUACCGUCGUAGAAACGAAACAAAAGAAAGUGAAAACGAAAAAGACUAAACCGGAAAUAGUGAAACCUGUUCGGCCUGUACAAAUGCCUAAAAGUAUUCCCCAUGCUCAAGAAACCAAACCGCAACUGAUUCAUCCGGACGAAAAGCAUCUCAUCGCCACGUCGCGGCCACCAUCAACGUCGUCCGUGUGCAGUAACACAUCGAUAUCAUCGAAUCAAAGCUCGACGCAAAACCAUUUCAGCCAACCAAUUGCUCAUAACGGACCAUCUAAUUCAAAUGUACAAAUUGUGCGACCAUCCGUUGCACCAAAUAACGUUCACGUCCGGAACAUCAACACGUCACAGUGCAAUACGACGCCCAGCAAUGUAAAUGCCAAUUCUAUUAUAUCGACCAAUAAUACCAUUCGCCUGCCAUCGACAACGGCUCAACGGUCACCGCAUUUACCGCAUCAGAAUCAGCAACACCAUUCAACAGGUGCUAUAUCGCAGGCUAAUAAUACUACUGGACCUCAUAUGCAACAGCAGCAGCAGCAGCAACAACAACAACAACAACAGUUACAACAGCAAAAUCAAUCAACUAUCAUCAACACUAAUCAACAAGCCUUUCAGAAAUCAGCAGUGUUGCCUAGCCAACUCGUUAGUCCAUCUCUAUCGACACAACAACAACAACAACAACAACAACAGCAGCAGCAACAGCAAAUCAAAGUACCAGCACCUCAAUUAACACCGAAUUCAGUUCCACCAUUGGUGAAUGUUAAUUCAACGCAACAAAUGCCACGAGUUCAAACCAUUCAGUUAACUCCACAGAAGCAGCAAUUGUUGAAAAAUGUUCAACUACAAAUUCAGACGUUAUCGUCAAAAUUACAAAACAAAAGCUUGUUAUCAACACUGUCAUUUCCAUCCGAUUUCGAUGCAAACAAUCCUCUGUACAACAAACCACUGCCGCAAUUCAACAUGAAUAACUUGAUGAGCGAUGCUGACAUUCAUCAAGCGUUGCAGCGUUUAUUUAUCGAACAGCAAAAGAUUCUAGCCACCGGAAAAAUAAUACCAACUCUACCCACCGGUCACGGUUUCACGACAACAGCUGCACGGGCAAUGUCCCCGAUCACGUUAAAUAAUCCAAUUUGUAUUGCACCGUCGGGAACAUUGAUAUCCCCCAUUCCGACUACAUCUCCGAAAAUCAAGCAAGAGCCGAUAGCAUCAGUGAACACACCGAGUCCAAUCAUUCAGCCAGUUCUGAGCAGUUGUUCGUUACAAGGUCAUCAACAGCAGUCGAUGCAAAUAAGCAAUAAUCAAUCAGCCGUGUCCACUGUCGAUGUAAAGCCAACACUUCCCAUUCAGCUUCGACCCGAUACUUCUGUGCCACACACCACCUCGUUCGCCGUAUCAAAAACAUUGUCAGAUCCAAUCAAGUUGUUAGAGCCACCGACGCCACCGUCUGUUAAGCCGACCAGUCCGAAGAUGAAAGUGCCACGGCAUUGUUUGUUCGAACAGCAACUGGCUGUUGAUCAGGAGAGCUGCAAAAAUCCCGAUUAUCAAAAUCCGUUUCAGAGCAAGGACGAUGCCGUUAAGAGAUUGAUCAGAUAUCACUGUUUGUAUGCUCAAGACGAAGAUGUUCAGUCAGAUGAGGAAGAGUAUUUCCAGAGAACAGCUGACUGUUUUCAACUGCAAUUCAAGGAUAUGAUCAACAAAUAUCAGUCUCUCUUAAUGAAAGACUCAGUGAUGCAUGUGAAAACGUCGGAACUGAUGAUGAUCGAUCGGAUGUUCAAUGGCGACAUUCAGGAGGAAAUUCUGAAUAUGCAAAUCGACAUAAGUAAUUCGAUGACUAAUGCCAAUUCAUACUGCAAGCCACUGCCGACGCAUAACAUUCCACGUCGGGAACAUGAGCAGGUAAAUUUUGUGCCGAUAAAGGAUGAAGUGAAGCCACAACACUUCACAAAGGACUUACAUCAUCAUCACCAUCAACAACAACAGCAGCAACCGCCACACCAACGAUUAAUCCAACAACAUCAAUCGAAUCAACAACUGCAACAGAAUCAACAAACAGGCAAAUCCGAACCAAAUUUGACAAGUGAAAUAAAACCACUGCCCGGCGUAGAUAUUGUAAUACCAAAAAGUGUUGAGUCCAUUCCCGCUCAGAGGACUACCAAUAAAAAUGUGAACAUUGUGCCACCGAUAAAAACUGAACAAAAAAGUGAUAAGUUCUGCGUUCAAGAGUCUUAUAACAAUGUGAUAUCGCCCAAAAUGAAUACGAAUGUGAAAAAGGAAGUUGAUCAUUUCGAUAUUGAAUCGGAGAUAACUCCUAACAUCAUAUUGAGGAAGUGUGAACCAACCUACCGUGUCAGUCCGGUCAAUUCGGACUUUAAUAUCGAUUACGUUUGCAAUUCGAGUGGCAGCAGCCAGUCGAUAAAUAAUCCGGUCAAGAAACGGGAAGAGGAUGUUCCAAAGGAACCGUACGACGAAUGGUCAUGCAUACAAAAGGAACUGAGCUUAAUGGCUGAGAAACGUGCCGAACAGAAUCGUAUGAAUGAGAUUUACAGUCAACCGACUUUGAAGGUUAACGUAGACAAUCAUUUGAACGACCUGUUUAUCGGUCGCGCCGAUAGCCUGAAAUUGAAUGCAGUCGCCCAGAAUUCGCCAUUAUCGGAACUAUUUAGCACAACCGAUCCGGUCAAUCAUCAUUCGAAUAUGAACCACAACAAAUCGGUGGAACAUCGUUUGGAUGCUAUGUUUGGCGACGAUUCCGAUCUGGAGAAAUCGAAUGAUUUGGUUGAGACGCGUCUGGAUGCAUUAUUCCACGGUUCGCCCAUUUCGUCAGAACAUCAUAACCAUCAGCAGCAGCAGCAUAGUCAACAACAUAGUCUGUUGUCCAGUUCUGACUACGUAAUGCAUCACAACCAACAACACAUCCAGCAUAACAUUCAUUCGAAUUCGAUUCAUGCAAACCCUAAACGGCAAUGGAAUAACAAUGGCGAAAUGCUAUCACCGUCAUCUCCGCCACUAUUCUCGUCGAAACGAUCGUGUAUGGUUUCAACAUUUGUUGAGGAGCAUGGCAAUCGUUGGAUGAUGGACUGUCAACAGCAACCGUUCGAUUUCAUACCAAAUAAUGCCAAUCACGACAUCAACAAACGUUUAUGGAACGGUGACAGCAUCGAUCAUAUGCCCAAUAAGAAAAUAUGCUUCAAUAACGUGAACAAAGGGCACGACAUCGACCGAGAACUGUUGAGCCUUUCGUCAUCGCCUCAACCAUUAGACAAUACGGCCUUAAUGAAUUUACAUCAAUUGCACAAUGAAAAUGCAUUCGAUUCAUUGACAUCAUCGGCUAUGGGUGGAGGCAGCAGUAGUACAGCCAAUACCAGCAACAAUAGUAUCACAUCGAACUUUGACGAUGACAUAAAUCGUCAUGUCCAGAAUGCCAUCGAUAGCAUACUGAAUCUGCAAAACAGCGAAACCGAUUCGCUUCACUUUUCGCUGGAUCAAACGAUGAAUUCAUUUCUAGCCGACAGUCCACUGAGUGCGUCGGGCAUGACAACGACCACACAGCAUCGUGCCCAAUCGUCCGUACGGCAACGGCGAAACAAUCGCAUGGAUGACAUCAGCGAUUGUUUAAUUAGUGGCGUCGGUUCGGGCGACAUGAUGAUGGACUCGCCGCCAUUGCCAUCGUCGUCCGGUACUAAUGAUUUUAAUAUGACUAGUGGAAUUGAUGAAGCUAUCAAAUCGAUUAUAACGUCUUGACAACUUUCAAUUGAAUUUAGUACGACUGCGUUGUGAAUUUUCGGUUUUAGAAGCAAAAGAAAAUUUAUUUUUUGAAUGAUCCACGGAGGGGGUGGAGGCGAGUUUCUUUGUUUGUUUUCUUUUCUUUUUUUUUAUUUUAAAAUGGAAAAAUUUAAACGGAAAAAAUUUGUUUUUAAAUUUUUUUAUUUUACACUUUUUUACUUUGAUUACAUACAGUUUACGUAUUACGAAGCAAGAAAAUAAAGUCUCAAAUUUGGUGUGUAGAUGUGUAUGUACAUAAAUAUAUACAAAAAACAAAAAGACAACGGUAAGUUAAAACAAAGCAAAAAUGUAAAAAAUUUAAAAGUAAAAAAUAAAAACUAAAAAAAA